GCCUGGUAUAAAAUCUGUAGUUAACACAUAUUUUCAUAUUUAAUUCUGCGACAUGAAAUAAAACAUUAAUAACCGACUGGUGGUUUAUUAAAGCUUUUAUAGGGACUACAGAAGGUUGUCGUGCACGUUAAACGUCAUCGCGCAGCGCCGAACAGAAAAGCUGAUCUGCUUUAGCCUCAUUGUGCUAAAACUCGCGCUCACAAACGGUUUAAACUGAAAAUUUUCAUCCGUCGUUCAGAUUCCAACAAAACAGCACCGCGGAUUUUUAUUAGCAGAGAGCCGUUUUUAAUCGAAGCUCUCAGCUUUGUGCUGGUGACCGUUGUCUACUCGGUUGUAGCCUGAAGCUAAAGCUAACGCUGUGGCGCGCGCGCAAGCGUCUGGUUUCUCCAUGUAAACUCCAGUGAGGACUGAAAUAAGGUGCGAAUUAAACAUCUGGGUUUAAAAACGGGUCACAAACAUGUUGGCCACAGGAGCGGCGGUGAGCAGCACCAUGGCACAGGUGGACCGGGAGAAGAUUUACCAGUGGAUCAAUGAGCUGUCGAGCCCUGAGACCCGUGAGAACGCGCUGCUGGAGCUCAGUAAGAAGCGCGAGUCUGUCACAGACCUGGCCCCUAUGCUCUGGCACUCAUGUGGCACCAUCGCAGCUCUCCUCCAGGAAAUCGUGAACAUCUACCCGUCGAUUAACCCCGCAACGCUGACGGCUCAUCAGUCCAACAGAGUGUGUAAUGCCCUGGCGCUGCUGCAGUGUGUGGCCUCGCACGUGGAGACGCGCUCGGCGUUCCUGGCGGCUCACAUCCCUCUGUUCUUGUACCCGUUUCUUCACACUGCUAGUAAAACAAGACCCUUUGAGUAUCUUCGCCUCACAAGCCUCGGAGUCAUCGGGGCGCUGGUAAAGACGGACGAACAAGAAGUGAUUAACUUCCUGUUGACGACAGAGAUCAUCCCGCUGUGCCUGCGGAUCAUGGAGACGGGCAGCGAACUCUCAAAAACGGUUGCGACGUUCAUUCUGCAGAAGAUCCUGCUGGAUGACACGGGCCUGGCCUACAUCUGCCAGACCUACGAGCGAUUCUCUCACGUGGCCAUGAUCCUGGGAAAGAUGGUGCUGCAGCUGUCCAAAGAGCCGUCAGCUCGGCUGCUGAAGCACGUCGUACGCUGUUAUCUACGGCUCUCCGAUAACUCCAGAGCGAGAGAAGCUCUCCGUCAGUGUUUACCAGACCAGCUGAAGGACACGACGUUUGCACAAGUGCUGAAGGACGACACAACCACAAAGCGCUGGCUCGCUCAACUCGUCAAAAACCUGCAGGAGGGACAGGUUACAGACCCACGUGGCAUACCGCUACCUGCCCAAUAACACACACACACACACACACAGUCUGUUGCUGAUGGGAAUUUUUUACACAUACACACAGUGGACUGAUCUCAUGUACAAGGGCACUUCACUUACACAUGAGUUAUUUUGCCAAUAUUUCAGAUGUUUAUUGUUGGUAUUAUUAGUCUUUGGAAAUGUUUCAGUAAAUUCUGCUGUUUGUUUGGAACCAAAAUGUAACUCAUGUUUUACUACAUUGUAGUAAAAUGUUCUGUCUCUCUCUCUGACUCUCUCUCUCUGACUCUCUCUCUCUGACUCUCUCUCGCUCUCUCAUACACACACAUUUGUAUGCUGUAAAAUAAAAUCACUGUUCUUGUCA